AUGGCGCAACUUCCUGAAGAGAUGCUCAAGUUCAUCCUCGAAGCAGGCACUCACGCCGUUCCCGGUCCGCGGCUGGGCCAGCUCGUCGCUUGUGGCCGCAACUCCAUCUCCACACCACACUAUGCGCCUCCAUCGUCUCGCGGCGUGAUCCCCCACCUGUCGCCGGAUCUGCUGGAGAGACAUACACAGAUAUCAGCUGUGUAUGUUGGGCUUGAAGACUUCACCGAGAAGUCCACGCAGAAUGCGCCUAUACUCGAAUCGCCAACGUCCGGAGCCCAGACGCCUUUAACGUCCUUCACAGCAUUAUCGCAAAGAUGCCUCUCCAUUCUCGGUCCUCGACGAGUCCCUCGUAUCCGAUGCAGGUCGCAAAAUACCGAUAAUUCUGUUGCCAUAUCUACCUCGGUUGGAUUUCGAACACUCACUCUGGAGGACUAUCUCGACGCGACAGAGAGGCUGAAAGCUGAUGUUGUGGUGACGCUGGCUGAUAUUGCAGAUGCAGACAAGGUCAGCCUGAAGAGAAUGGAGAGAAUGGCUGACAGGACUCAUGCCUGGCUCCGGGAUACAAUUGAGAAACAGGAAUCGAGAGCGACUCCUUCCGGAAUAGUUGCUUCUGUGCUACCGCUGAACCAAGAACAGCAACAGCUUUAUCUAUCCGACCUGGCGGCUGAGUACAAGAACGAGCUCUCCGGUGUCUGUCUAUACGACCCCCCAAGCGCUCAGAUCGUUCCAACUCAGCUAUCGCACUUACCACGCUUCUGCAUAUCAGAUCCAGCCAACCCUCAUGAGUUACUACGCGCUGUCUCGCAUGGAGUGGAUUUGAUCACCACUCCUUUCGUCACCGCCAUCACUGAGCAAGGCGUUGCCUUUGUAUUUGAGUUCCCAGCACCACCAGGAGACGAACAGCAGCAGUCUAUGGGAAUGGAUCUGUGGUCAAGCUCAAAUGCGACAGUCGUCGAACCAUUAAGAAUGGGCUGCAAAUGCUACACCUGUACGCGUCAUCAUCGUGCGUAUCUUCACCACCUUCUCCAAGCCAAAGAAAUGCUGGCGUGGACUCUACUGCAGAUCCACAACUUCCAGGUGAUGGAUCAGUUCUUUUUGGGCAUUCGCGCCAGUAUUCAGCGCGGCACGUUCGAUGCCGAAGUAGCGACCUUUCGAAAUCAUUACGAAGAGGAUUUCGGAGUUGGACAAGGAAAGGAUAAAGGACCUCGCAUGCGAGGUUACCAGAUGAAGAGCAUUGGAAGAGGCCAAGAUCCUAAAAGGGAGAAGAUUUGGGGCAGAUUCGGAGACUCGAACGACACGAGUGGUAUGGAGAGCCCGAGUGCCGCAGGAGUGGAGGACGACCAAGCACGGAAAGUGCUAGAAGCUGUGGAAAGCGGUGUGGCCGCUGACCAGGAGACUGAGCAAGUCAGCCUGAGCGCUGACGAGCUGGAGAGGAUGGGGCUUGCGGAGAGAGUGGAUGGGUCAAGUAAAGAGUCGUCCUCGUAG